AUGAACGGCAACACGGCAAAACAGAUGCUCUUGCGGGUUGAACCACAACUCGCUUUGCCUACCGUGUUGCACGUAAAAAAGGGGAUGUCGGCGACUGAUUCCAAAGAAUCUUCAAACGGGGACAGUUCUUCUCACUUAAAGGCCCGCUGUUCUGUAGAGUAUAUCUUGUAUAGUGUCUUUAUGGUAGGUACUGUCUCUUACGGCUUUGGUGUCUUGUCGGAAGCCUCGCGGUUGUAUGCUAAGCAGCUUAACGUUCAACCACCACGAUGGAAAUGGUUGUCGCGGCCACCUUUCAAUUCAGUUGGUUACAACAAUCGAGGUGACGGCCAAUGGGCAGUCCUGGACCGAUGGCUGUGGCUUCUGCUCCCGUUCUACGCCUGUUUUGUAAUUGGGUCUUGUGUGGUUCGACAGGCAUUUUUGUAG